CGUCACUCGUGUUGAGAUGGAGGUUUAGUCAACAUCUAAAAAUAAACCAUAGGAAGCUAUUGGAAAUACCUGAGAAAACGGCCUGCCACGUAUUUAUCAAAGUGUGUUUUUGUCCAGUUAAAAGAUUGGAGGUGGACCGACAGGGUUGAGCUAACUGAGAUAUUGUCCCAGCACCAUGUCAGUUGACACACAGACAUCAGAUGUGCUGGACCUAUUGUUUGACAAGCAUGGGGGGAUCAUAGGGGGCGACCUAGAGGCACCUGCUUCUCUAGACUUUAAUGAUUUGCAGAACUACACAGAUGAUUUUCUGACAUACAUGUUAGACCAGAGCCCCACAACUGACUUAUCUACACCUCUGAUUGACACAGCUUUAAUUGGAAACAACCAGAACAACCAGGACCAUGUGACACAGGACAGGACACAGACACGAUCCCCGUCAACCAACAGUGACAGUGGGGUGUCAACAGAUGUCCCUUCUCCACAGAGCACUGACCAGUCAGAGAUGAGUCCUUACAUUAACAACAGUUCUCCAGAGAUGUACCAGAACCAGAGUUCUCCUGCACUGAGUGAUGAACAAACCAGAGAUGUUUUCUACAGUGGUGUCGAGCUGGAUCAUGAUUACACAUGUACUCCUCUGAAUAACACGGGACUCGAGGACUAUGACAUUAAGGAAUUAAAUCUAGAAGGCAUAGAUACAGGCUGUCUGUUUGAUAGCACCACAACAAUGGAGUGUACAGAUCCCAUGGCUGCCACUAACAUUGACAUUGAUUUGGAUUUUGAUGAAAAUGAAGACUCUGAGUCCACACAGCAUGUUAAAAUAGUUCACAUCCGUUCCCCCAGUAAUGGUAGUAGCAGCAGUGAACUCCCCUUCACAGUGCAGGACUGUACCACUACCACUAGAACCAAGUUCCCAGAAAUCCAGCUAACAAGUGAAGAGAAGAAGCUGCUAGCCAGGGAAGGUGUCACAUUACCCACACAUCUGCCUCUGACCAAAGAAGAAGAAAGAGUUCUUAAAGCAGUGAGGAGGAAAAUCAGGAACAAAGAGUCUGCAAAGAAUAGUCGAAAGAAGAAACAGGAGUACACAGAAGGCCUUGAAAGCAGAGUAAAGGCAUGCACUGUGCAAAACCAGCAAUUGCAGAAGAAAGUUAAAACUCUGGAAAAACAUAACUUAUCUCUACUCACUCAGUUGAAGAAACUUCAAGCAAUGCUGAACUUAACAAACAAGCCUGCACAAACUAGCACCUGUGUCAUGGUACUGGUCCUGUCAUUUGCUUUCUUUAUUCUGCCAAGUUUUAACCCGUUUGUCUCCCAGCAGGGUAUGCAGAGGGAGAAGAUCAUCCCUAUGGCAGGUCGCUCCAGAAGUUUGUUGACUAUGGAGGACCUUGCCACGGACAUCAGUGAGCCGUACGACCUGACCAUCCGUCCCGGCCCCCCCUGGGAGGUCCCCCCUAAGACCCCUGUGAUCCACUUACCUCCAGUACCCCAGCACCCUCUGCAGGUGAACAUCACACCUGAGGACACUGUGAACCUGUCUGCAGCUGAAUACCAGCCAGAAAGUGUGGAAAAUCUGGUAGAACAGACCAAAAAUAUGUACUUAGACAAAGAAGGAAAUCAGGACAAAGAGCUAAUUGACCAAUCACAGCCUGACUUAACAGAGACUGAUAUCGACAGCAGUUCUCAUUUAAAACGAGUCUCAGAUGAACAUCCUGUUGAAAGGGGGAAGGACCUUUAAGUGAAAAUAGAAAAAUUGAUGAAUAGCAGGUCUAAAAACAUCCUCCCUCUCAUCUGAAGGAUGUUCUUUGGUAAAAAUAUUCAGAAUGCAAUUUGGUUCAUGAGACUUGUGGACUUUUUGGUACAAAAUUCAUUCAUGGUGGCUACAAAUACCUUAAGAGAGAACAGAGGGCAUGACAACUGUGUUUUACUCUUUUUUUUUCAAAAUGCAUCUUAGAUGUACAUAGAAUAUAUAUUUUACCACGAGGAUGACUGGUUUCGUCUCUAUAUAUUUUGUGGUUUUGUAGCCUAAGCAGAGCAUAAAACUAUAUUUGACGCAAAAGUUUGUGUAAUAAACUUUUAACUAGCU